AUGAAGCGGCAGAACGUGCGGACUCUCUCCCUGAUCCUCUGCAUGUUCACCUACCUGCUGGUGGGCGCCGCCGUCUUCGACGCGCUGGAGUCUGACUUUGAGACCUCCCGCAAGCGGCUGCUCAACUCCAAGCGGAUGGAACUGAAGAACAAGUACGGCAUGAGCGACGAGGACUACAAGGAGCUCGAGUGGGUGGUUCUACAAGCCGAGCCGCACCGCUCUGGGCACCAAUGGAAAUUCGCCGGCUCCUUUUACUUUGCCAUCACCGUGAUCACGACCAUAGGUUAUGGCCAUGCAGCACCAGGCACCAACGCUGGCAAAGCCUUCUGUAUGUUUUACGCAGUUUUGGGUAUCCCACUGACCCUGGUGAUGUUCCAGAGUCUAGGCGAGCGCAUGAACACCUUUGUCAGAUACCUGCUGAAAAGGAUAAAGAAAUGCCUUGGAAUGAAGAAGACUGAGGUCUCCAUGGAGAACAUGGUAACAGUCGGCUUCUUCUCCUGCCUGGGAACCCUCUGCAUUGGAGCAGCAGCAUUUGCACACUUUGAGGACUGGACCUUCUUCCAUGCCUAUUAUUAUUGCUUUAUCACUCUUACCACCAUUGGAUUUGGGGAUUUUGUGGCUCUCCAGAACAAUGAAGCAUUGCAGAAGAGGCCUCCUUAUGUGGCAUUCAGUUUUAUGUACAUUCUCGUUGGACUGACUGUGAUUGGAGCCUUCCUCAACCUCGUAGUUUUGAGGUUCCUCACUAUGAACUCGGAAGACGAGAAGAGAGAUGCGGAGGAGCGUGCUGGGAAUAGAGACACGGUUCUGGCUAUCGGAGAGGAUAUUCAGAGCAGGAGCACCGUAUUGCUGCCCUUGGAGGAAGGCCGCAGUAGGAGCAAUCUAAUUCCCCUGAUGGAGGGCGAGGUGGAGAUCAGGCAUGAGAGUCUGCCAGAGCCUGUCUCCGAUGUCGGAUCUCUUUGCUCCUGUAUGUGCUACCGAUCUCAGGAUUAUGAAAGCUCUGACAGAUUGCACCCUUGCUCCUUCAGAGCCCACACCAACCCGGUUUACUUCAACUCCAUCUCCUUCAAGGUGGAUGAGAUGUCAUUGAGUGCACGAGAUAACUUUGCCCUCUCCUCCCCCGGUAGCACCACUUCCCUUGGAUACCCAAGCUUCAGCCAGCGCCUCCGAACCCGGCGGAGGUCUGUGUGAGCCCACUGCAUGUGCCCUAGCUGGAGUUUGCUCGAUCUAAACGCUCAAUGCAUUGGCGGCAGCAGCAGCAUGGCAACCAGAGCCUGAACAAACAAAGCAUGGCUAUUGUACACCACAUCUCAGUAACAGCUCGUCUGUGCUACUGGGUGAAUGGAGAU